UGACACAAGAGAUUUCAGCUGCGUAUACAAGGUGCCACUGUCAUGGAAGAAUUGUACAAUUUUAGCGGGGAAUUAAGAAACAGUUGAGCCAAAUAUGAAAAUUUCCUGAAACAUUACUCGCCUUCAGGCCAUCCAAAAUGAAGAUGAGUUUGUGAUGAUCUCCCCAAGGGAUCCUCUGUUUGUAGUUUUAAGCAAGCAUGCAGCUUGUUUCUUCAGUUUCUUCAGCUAAAAUACAGCUUAUGUAUGUCCUUCCUGUUGUUUCAGAAAUAUCAUAAGUUACUACAAGUUAAAGACAUUUAAUUUUAUUUUCCAGCAAGCGCUGUCUGCCAUUUAAGACUGCCACAGCAUGUGAUCUUUGCCCUGUGUCAGGCUAAAGAUCACACAGGGUAAAGCUUAAAUAAAGUUUACUCUCCUAAAUGCGAGUUUAUAUUAGAUUGCUUAAGGCUUAUUUUGCUUUCACUUCUUAAUGAGAGCAAUUUCCAGAUUAUUGCACCGGAUGUUUGUAUUAUUUAUGAAGCAUUUUUUUUGGACUAUUGAGUUCUUUUGCUCUAAUAAAUUCAAAGUGAGAGUCUGAUGAAUUAGUAAUAGCUUUGGGAUCAGUUUUCUUUUGUUUUGCUUUACAGGUAUCCAUUUCAAGUGGAAGCCUUUUCCAUACAGUGCACACUGCAUCAUGUUCAUAUCCACCUAACCACUAAUGAUGGACACAUCGUAAUCUAAAUAUGCUUGUCUCAGUCUCUUUGCUGUUUGGAAGUUACUGUGAAAUGGUUCUUUGGUACUGCUGUGAUAAGGGGCACCAUUUAUUGCCAUUAUUCAGCUUAGCAGAGCCAGGACAUUUUUAAAUAUAACUGCGACUGUGUUCGUCUGAAAGAGGAAUGUCAGAUACGCCUAGGAUGCCCUGAGGGAGAGGAUGAUGAGCCACAGUAGCCUUCAUGCACACGGGAGAGAUGUGUUCGGCCUCUGCUGUUUGCCAGGAGAGUGUGUGCUCCAGCGAGCUGUGCUGGUGAGGAAGAAGCUGUCUGCUAAAGAAGGAGGAGGCUGGUUGUCUGGGACUCUGUUCUGCACUCAUUUCAGAGUGGCCUUCGUGCCUCAGGACAGCCAGAAACCUGACGAUAAUGCAGAUCCUGUGCUGCUCGGAGACCAUGAUGUAGCUCUAGCCUCUAUUGACAAAGUCGUGGCAGUGGGACCAUCUCGGACCAAACUAGUGACCCCUACCUGCUCCCUAAAAUUCACCCCUGAGGAGCUGGUGUUGUACUGCCGGGACCUGCGUGUCCUCUGCUUCCUGUUCGACAGACUCACGCCUGAUACUCAAGCUCUGGAGAUCACGUAUACCAUAGCUAAAACCUACCAGCCACUGAAACCUGGAACCAUCCUCUCCUUCCAAAAUGCUGCUUUGGGUAGUAUUGAAAUGAAGCAGUUCCUAAGCAACAGGUGGCAUGACCCUAACAUGAACUGGUUCGAGUGUUCGAUGGGAUGGGAGCAGGAGCUGGAGAGGACAGGUGCCAGCGGCUGGAGGGUCAGCUCUGUCAAUGACCGCUUUGAGAUGUCCACCAGUCUGCCCAGAUUCAGUGUGGUUCCUCAGAGGGUCCUGGACACAGAGCUCAAGAAAACAUUUGCCCACUUUAAUGAGGGUCGCAUCCCACGCUGGUGCUGGCGACAUCCGCAUGGCAGUGACUUACUACGAAUGGCCAGCUUCCAAAAUAACAUCUACCACGAGAAGGACGACAUCAGGAACCUGGAGUCAGUGCUCUUCGGCGGACAGCAGCUGUGUGUGAUUGUGGAUCUGGGAGAGGAAAUGCCGUCACCUGCAGACAUCCAGCUGGCUCACACGAGACUCCGGACACUUUGUCUGGGCGAUAUUUCAUCAUCAGUAUCGGUGCCUGAUGACAAGUGGCUCUCCACUCUUGAAAGCACUCGCUGGCUCGACUAUACCAGGUGCUGUCUGAGAAAAGCUGCAGAGGUAGCUUGUUUGCUCGGAGGAGGUCACAUGACUGUUGUUCUCCAAGAGCCAGAGGAUCGAGACAUGAACUGUGUGGUCUGCGGUCUGGUGCAGGUGAUGUGUGACCCUCACUGCAGGACCGUGCCUGGAUUUCAGGGGCUGGUUCAGAAAGAGUGGAUCACGGCCGGACACAAAUUCCUCAGCCGGAUCAAUUACCACAGAGAAAGUGACAAAGAGGAGGCCCCUGUGUUCCUGCUGUUUCUGGACUGUGUGUGGCAGCUGUGGGCGCAGUAUCCCACACGCUUCCAGCUUACUGAAGACUACCUGCUGGCUCUGCAUGACAGUGUGCACCUUCCUCUCUUCAGCAGCUUCCUGGCCAACAGUCAGAGGGAGAGAUGUCGCCGUUCACAGCAUCUUCCCCAGAGCUACACCCCAGUGAACGGUCUGAGGGAAUUGCCCAAGGGUGCCCCAGAGGAGCCAGUAGACCCACCGUUCCCCCCGGUGUGGGACUGGGCCUUGCAGUACAGCAGUCUGAGACGAUCCCGCUUCACCCAGCCCGUGUCACAGCCCGCCUGUCCUCCACCCGUCCUAAAUGGAAACCUCAACACCAACCAGGACCAUGGCUGGCCUAAUGAUGGACUGCCAGGCUCUGUGUUCCUGUUGUCCCGUGGCACAUUCUCUCAUCCCUCCAACCUGCUCCCCUGGAGGAGCGGAAACUCCGGCUCUUACUGGAAAAGCCACCGCAGGGCUCCUUCCUCAGAGAGUCUGUCUGGACUCGAACGUCUCAUCAGAGCCUGUUCGCUCUCUGAACCCUCCGAGAACCCCUCAACCCUCCACGACCCAUACGAGCCCCUGCUGCCCCUGCUCUUAGGACCCUGUGUCAGAGUAUGGAGGGCCUGCUAUUUAAGGGGCGCACUACACGCUCAGGCUUUCUCCCACCCCGCGUCUUCCUGCAGUCAGCAUCCAUUGGAUCAGCUGGCCUGGGAAGUCCAGCAGCUCAGAGAGAAAGUGGCUCAAGCUUCUCACAGACACCCCGAGAACCAGACUAAACGACAGGAACCACUCCGGCUGGAGUCCAACCUCAACCAGAACGCCAACAAUGGGACCUUCCUCUUCUCCUCUUCCUCUAGAACAUCUCAACAACAGCCGUCCAGCCGAGGUGCGGCCCACUCCUCCGUCAUUCCCAAAGCCCAGCGGACAGCAUCCGAUCCACCCAGGCCUGUGCAGAGGAAUAACGGCAAGCACACGUUUCUAUUCGGCCACCAACAAGAGCCGCAGUCAGGGCUGCGUUAUAUUCCCUCCCCUAGUGCCAAACUUCAUAAACGCCCCGGAAACUCAUACUGAUAUGUAGGAAGGAAAGAAACUGCCCCCUCCGGUGUUUGUGUUACUGAAACAAUACAAUAUGGUACAAAGAAGAAACUCCACUAGAAAUCUACGUGCAUUUGAAAAAGCACAGAUUGACACUGGCUUUUUGUACAAGUAGAUAUGUAAAGCGUAGCAAAAAAAUAAUUACAAAUACAGACUAGCAAAAAAGUGUCAACAAGUUAUGACAUGAAAUUCUUCCUCUGUUGUGUUUUUAUAAGAUAAUUUAACUACAUGGUCUAGUUCACCAAAGAUUUUUAUCCACAUUUAUUCAUCCUCAUGUUGCUCUAAAUGUAUAUUACUUCUUCUAAAGUUAUAAGUUUGUUCAUUAUUCACUGAAAAUCUAGACAUCAUCUUUUAAAAGUAGCAGUAUGCAAUUUGUGAAUUAAACUUUUGAGAUUAAUCUUUUCAAUGUAUCAGUUGAUUUGGUUCACAGAAUCAAUCUAAAUUAUUUAUUUUGAAGCUUGAAAACUGUUAUUUGCAUGUGUUCAUAUGUAAAGAAGUGAUCAUUUUCUCACCUUGUCUUCUACUGAAGAAAGAAAGAAAAAUGUACUUGGUAUGGCAUGAGGGUGACUAAAUGACAACAGAAUUUACUUUUCAUUUAAAUAGAUUUUAAAAAAAACUGUAGUGAAGCAGAGAGUGCUAGUAAACGUCUGCAUAUGAAAUGUUAUUUGUCUGAGGCUCAUGCCAAAACUGAUAACUUGUGUGUUGGUCAUAAAACAGUUUUAGCUUUAGUAGUUUGUUUAUGUAACAGUAGCCUAGUUCAUGGUACUAGUAAAAAAGCAUUUUGUGUUUCCUCAGCCAAAAAGGCGGGAAAAUGGCUGCUAUCACGCUAAUAAUAUAACUAAGGAGGUUUUGCAGUUCCCUGAACGGCCACAAGGUGGACACAAAAUAAGCUUCUGCCUCGGUGUUAAAUGUAAAUAGCCUAAUACAAAAUGCCGUCUUGCCUCUCAAGCAACGGCACAAUACUUUCAAGUGUGUUAUGCAUUUUUGUAUUUUAUUAAGUAUUAAUACAAAAUUAGAAGAGAAAUCGAGACUAGAAAUGAUAAUACAAUUAUUUAUAUGCUGCCUCUGCCGCUUCAGUGGAUACUGAAGUGUUACUUCAUCAUGAAUGUACAGGGAUGUGUUUUUAAAAUCAUUUUGCGAUUAGAUUGAACUCAAUCUGUGUAUAAGGAAGGGUAAAAAAAAGUAGCACUCGUGCUGAAGUACAUUUUAUAUUCUCAUUUUUAUAUUACCUAUUAUCUUCUGUACAUUACUCUCUCCGUUUUCAAUCAGUGGAGUUCCAGGACUUCCUUCAACAUGUUUUUUUUUUUCAACUCCUGUGGAUUAUUUGCAUUAUUAUUAUUAUUAUUUUUUUGUAAGAUUCGUAACAGCUUGAACCAAAAAUAUUGUAGUUUUUUUUCUCUUUAAAGAAAAUAAUUUUGAUGUUUCAAAGUAAAAAUGUUCUAAGGACUGUACUCAUUUUUUGGUGAACUAUUUCUUUUAGGUUUGAUGGAAAGCUUUUAUGCUUUAACAAGACAGGCGGCUUCAGAUCUGUCCUUGUGAGAUGUUUUUCCUCAAAAAGUGUUAUGCCACAAAUGUCUGACAACAGUGACGUUCCAAAAUUGAGAGCAACUCCAGAGGUUUGUGUCCUACUUUUAUUUCCCCUAAGGGGAAAAAAGGUGCUGGAAACAUUAACAUACGGUACAGUGUUGAGUUUUUAUUCUGUUGUCUCAGGACAAAUGGACUUGAAAUAUCUUGCAUCAACAUAUUUCACAAGACUGAAUUUGAGCAAACGCUUAUUUGAUGGCACAAGAAU